AUGAAAGCACAGGAACUAGGCAGUUCCAAGGCUGCAUCUUUGCACUGGACAGGUGAGAGAGCUGUCAGUGUCCUCCUGCUGGGCCUCCUCCCUGCAGCCUACCUGUACCCUGGACCAGCCAUGGACUAUUCCCUGGCUGCUGCCCUCACCCUCCACGGCCACUGGGGUCUGGGCCAGGUGAUAACUGACUAUGUCCAUGGAGACACAGCCAUCAAGGUGGCCAACUCAGGUCUGUACGUGCUGUCAGCUGUCACCUUUGCUGGCCUCUGCUACUUUAACUACUCUGAUGUUGGCAUCUGCAAGGCUGUGGCCAUGCUGUGGAGCCUCUGA